AUGCGAAAAAAAAUGUAUAAAACCCAGCCUUGGGCCUCCACUUAAGCUAAUAAAAUUAUAUAUUAUUCGAUCUUAUUAUCGACCAAACGGACCAACUUGUCCAAAUAUACCAAACCCCCAUAUUCUUUUUUCUUUCUUUCUUUCUUUCUUUCUUUUUUUUUCCUUUCACAAUCGAAUUCACUCGGUUAACAAUGUUCUCCCUCAAAGCUUUCCUGCUCGUUUCGGUCUCUUGCCUGGCGCAAUUGGCAGCGGCUGGUCCCCUAGAAUAUGCUGGCCUGGAAGCCAGGGGUCAGAUUGUUGUAUGCCCUGUAACCGGCGCCCCAAAUGGUGACAUUUUUAGCGGCAAAAUGUGCACCUCGUGCGGCCCCGGCUGCAUCACAGUUCCGAAACAACCACCAUGCUGUCCUCCUUAGGAUUCUGAGCUGAGAUUAUGAGUCUUUGGGAUGUAGAGAUGUUCUAGAACCAGAAGGAGACUUGGAAACUGGACUGCCUUUGAUAGAAAGUGUCUGGUACACUUUUAAUAAAAGAAAGGAUUGUCAAUAUCCCUGCCUUCUG